AUGACACGCGUCCUCUGUUCCGAGGUGAGGAAGUGCCUAUUCAUCCGGUCCUUUGCCAGCCCGAUGGAAGCAGCCAGCCGCUUUCUAGAUGUGUCUCCUGGAUACCACUCAUGUUACAUCUGGUGGGUUUUUCUAGGCUUCUCAACGAAGCAGAGCGGGACAAAACUACACCGAGACACUUCUGGCGCUUCUUUAUCGUCUCGUCGAGACCUCGCCUUUCAGGCAAACCCCCACCACACCCGGUGGGCACUUGGGCGGCGUGGCAGUUCUCGUAAUGUUGGCAUUCAUGACCACAUUACUACCCGACCCGUGAUGAAUAAAGCUGCCCCAAUCUUUCUGAAUAUCUGGGAAACGCCUUACAAGCUUUUUGCGUCACAGCAUCAGGCCCCAACUUAUCACUAG